AUGGCUGUACCAUUUCAAUAUUCUAUUGGUAAUAAUGAUUUGUCACCGCCGUCAUCAUCUAUACAUUAUAAGCCUGCAUAUGUAAGUGUAAGCUUACAUGAAGGCAGCGUUGAAGCGGACGACCCAAAAUUGAAGAAUGUGCACCAAACGGAAAUACUUGUAGAAUUAAAACAAUCAAUUCAGUUGAUUGUACGUCACUUCCGUAUAAAUGAUCCUGAACAACACGGUGACGCUACCGCACAUGCAGAUUAUUCAAUGGAAAGUCACAAAUUAGACCUCGAUUCUUAUGUACAAAUCGUGCAACAUCGUAGACGACGUGCCAAAGCAUUGAUCGAUUUUGAACGCUUUGAAGUAGAUGAACUGGAAUUUCAUAAAAAUGAUAUCCUAACCAUUAUUAACUCAGAUGACGAACAUUGUUGGAUCGGUGAACUAAACGGUCAACGAGGUUGGUUUCCUGCCAAGUUUGUUGAGUUGUUAGAUGAACGUGGAAAAAAUUAUUCUCCAGCUGGUGAUGAUGGUGUAGACAGAUUAAUUAUUGGCCUUGUUCGCGGAAGUUUUUGCCAUUCACUUGGAGCUGUAUUUUCACAUGGAUUGAAGCGACCACGUCUACUCGGUGAUACUGGUUGUCAUCCAUGGCAUUUUAUUGAAGAAGCUGCGGCUAAAGAAGUAGAAAGAGAUUUCUCUUCUGUUUACUCACGUUUAGUAUUAUGUAAAACCUUCCGAUUGGACGAAGAAGGCAAAGUCCUCAGUCCGGAAGAAGUGUUAUAUAGAACAAUACAUAGUAUAAACAUGUCACACGAUUUAGCUAAUGCUCAUAUGGAUAUCAAAUUUCGUUCCUUGAUCUGCUCAGGUUUAAACGAACAACUAUUACAUCUAUGGUUCGAAAUUCUUUGUUCAUCAGUUAAAGUAGUUAGUAAAUGGUAUCAUCCUUGGUCAUAUCUUCGCAGUCCUGGUUGGGUUCAAAUUAAAUGUGAAUUACGUGUUCUUAGUCAAUUCGCGUUUCAUUUAUCACCAAUAUACGAAUUAAACAGUCUUCAAAAUUUCAAUCAUAUUCGACAAACUGGUUUUACGGCGUCUAAAUUAUUUGCUUUAUCAUCGGAGAGUUUGCCGCGUCGUACCAAUAAAUCCAGCUCAAAGGUAAUAUCUACGAUGGGUAAUGCAUUAGACUUGCAUAAAGUCAAACCUUUACAACGUUUAAUGACUGCUUCAUCUGUUGUCGAUCCAAUGAAUGAUCCGCCAUGUCUGUCUUUAUCAUCGAUUCUAA